CGUACAUAUUGAACGAACAUGAAAAACAAUACAAAGAUUUACCGUUGCAUUCCUCCUUCACCAAAUUGGUUCUCGUUUAAUAUUGCUUCAUUAUCUCCAGAAACAAAAUUGUUUGCAUACGCUGCUUCUACUACUAUAUUUCUUCUAAAUUCUGAAACAUUACAAUAUGUCGGACAUUUAUCAGGACAUUCUAGUAAAAUAAACGCGCUGGACACAGCUGGCACUUUAUGUGCUAGUGGCAGCUCUGACAAAACUGUAAGGUGUUGGGAUAUGGAGAACCAACAGCAAGUCGCGUCCCUGACUUCUUUCAAGAGCGAUAUAAAUGCUGUUGCAUGGACUACAGAUAGGCAAUUAAUUGUAUCAGGCGACAAACCUGGGGAUUUAACUAUUUGGAAUCCUAAUAAUAAUAAGAUGAACAAAUGUUAUUUUAUUCAAUCGCCUGUCGAUUGUAUUGUCGCAUCACCAACCCAUCAUAGACUAAUGGCAGUCGCUUUUCGUAAUGGUGCAAUCCUUGUUAUUAACAUUGACUCAAAUUUGAAUGGUCAUAUUAUGCGUCGAUUAAAUGGUCACGAUCUUGAGAUUCAAAGUUUAUGUUGGGAACCAGGAAAUGAUAUAACUUCUGGAUAUACACGGUUGGUUUCUGGAUCUAGAGAUAAAACGGUACGCAUUUGGAAUGUUGAAGAAGAAAAGCUUGCAAGAACAAUCAAUAUGCCAGGCCCUUCGCCUCAUUUGACGGAUCAACAAAAGGGAAGGUUAUUCAUGUCCACUGUAUGGAUUCCCGGAAAGAAUUGGCUGAUUUCAGCUUCAUAUAUGGGAGAUAUUUAUAUGUGGGACCUUGAUAUUUCACCGGCAAAAUUCCAAAAAUUUAAUCUCCAUAGUCGUCCUAUUUUUACAAUGCAAUUCUUUUCUUGUGGCAAGAAAAUGAUUACAACUUCAAUGGACCGUCAGAUAAUCAUAUGGAACAUUACCGAAAGAAAACCUAUAGUUGCUGCGAUUACUAAUUCUCAAUCUAUUAGCGACUUAACCAUUUCACCUGUGGAUCCAUAUAAACUGGCAAUUGGAGGUGGGGAUAGUUCAGUUAAGAUAUGGAAGUUCGCAAGUCUUCAAAAUUCAUAUGAUAUUUCAUUAUAUUAUAAGGGCCUUAAAACCAAAAUAUCUAGUUUAAAAUAUCAUCCAACUAAGGAAGGAUUAUUUGCUUAUGGGACUGAUAUUGGUACAAUUGGUUUGUUUGAUGAAUUCCAGAGUGAUAAGAACUUUAAAACCUUUACUUCUUAUCAUAAGAGCAAAGUGUAUUCUAUUCAAUGGUGUAUGCCAGAAUGGUUAAAUUGGUCAAAAGAAGAGUCACCGGGAGCGUUCGUUCUUAGUUGUGGAGGCGAUGGACAAAUAUUACUAAGUGACACCGCUAAAAUCAAGGCACCAUCUAUUUCCGUCAACGAUAUGAUUAAAGAAGUUAAUGCAGAUUGGAUACAAAUCUUGAAGAAUAAAUCUGGAUAUUUACCAAAACGAAGUGAAAUUGCCGUACAUCCUACCGGCAAAUAUUUUGCCGUUGGUAAUGUUGACGGGCGGGUAGAAGUUUAUGAAUUACCUUCGUUAAAAGUUAUAUAUCAUAAUGUUGGACAUCGUGCCACAAUUAAUAAGCUUUCAUGGUGCCCUCCAGAUGCUGAAGGAAAUUCUUUUCUAAUUGCAUGUGGAUCAGAUGAUACAUUAGUUACAAUUCAUGAUUUAAGCGAUCCGGAAAAAUUAGCUUCUACGGUUUACAUUCCAACAUCGUCGAGUAAACUAAUUCUUCAAAUGCACAAAAGAGGGGUAACCGGUAUCUCAUGGUGUCCAACUAAUACUACUAAGCUUCUUUCUUCGUCAUUUGAUGGAACAGCUAUUGUUUGGAAUUUAUUGGAUGGUUCUCCAAUUUCUCUAUUCUGUGGACAUCAACCCCAAAGUCGAUUAUUUUGUACAGAAUGGAGUUUGCAUGAUGAAGAUUUAGUUUUUACUGCAGGAGAUGAUGCAAUGUGUAUUGCUUGGAGGCCCAGCGAGAAUAUCUAUAAACAAAAUAAAGACGCACUAAAUGAAAACAAACCAAAAUCGGUCUUGUUGAAUGAAAAAUCGUCAUCUUCGACGCAAAGUAUAGUGUCAGCAGAAGCUAUGGAUGUUCAGUCAACGGUAAAAAAAGAUACUGUUGUGCCCACAGAAGUUGGACGCAAACCGGACAAUCGGUCAUCCAAAAAAACUAAAAAAUUAAAAAAUCUAUUUCCUGUUAGUUCUAUUCCCGCUCGGCGUAAGAAUCUUCAAUAUAAGAUUUUUGAGCUUGCACAUAAAUUAUAUGGAGGAGAAUGGGAAAAAGCUAUGAAUUUAUGGGAUGGCAAGGAACCUGAUAAAGAAAAUAUCGUUGAUUCACAGAAGUCGACGUUCGAUCAGCUCUUCUUUGGAGAUAAAUACAUGGCAAGGAAAGUUAUGUCAAAAGAAGUUGCAACACAUAAUGAAACAGGCGCUACUUUCAAUUUAGGUGGCUUAGAUGCAAAUCCUGCAAUUUUAUUAGAUUUAUGGUCUAGUAAUUUCGCCUCAUUGGUUAAACGUACCGAAGACACUGAGGAAUUUUCUGAGCAAGAUUGGAUGAUUCUUGCUCUUAGUCCUAUUGCUGGACGAGAUGUAUGGCUGUCUAUGAUGCGUCGGCAGGCUCAAAAGCUCGCAGCAAAAAACGAUCAUCAUGGAUCUGUUAUGUGUUGGAUUGCGUGUGGAGAAAUACGUGAAGCAAUUAAGAUUUACCAUAGAGCUGAAAUGUUCCGGUAAAUCAAUAAUAAAAAAUUUUUUUUAAAACGAACCGUUAUAAAAAAACAUAUGCUAACGUCCCUACUUUUAGUGAAGCUAUAGCUCUAGCAAAG